GGGUCGCACUGAAUAGUAUCGUGGCCCAGUCAUUGUCUGUUGUGCUCGGUUAGUAGCAGCAUUUUGUCACACCUCUCCAUCCAGUUGGAUCCGUCCACAAUAAUUCGCCAGAAUUGAGCCGCCUAUGUACAUCAAGAAGGACCCGAGAAAGGAAGGAGUAACCAUGCGCGAGAAAAAAGGAGGUGCUUUGCAGAAGAUAAAAAAGCGAUUAUCGCACAGCUUCGGCCGAUUAUCGAUAUCGCGCGAGGAAAGCGACGAAUCCACGCAACAGAACAACCACCAUCACCAUCCGCAUCACCAUCAUCAUCACCACGGACAUGGUCACAAUCGUGGCGGUAAAGUGCCCUUCAACGGUUACACAUCCGAGGAGUACCUCGACCGACUGGAACCAAACGGCAACAUCCCGGCCGAUAAGUCUUACAGCAAACAUUGGAACAGAGUAAGCGAUCACGAACGCGUCCAUCGGCAGCUAUCGGUAUCGUCCGACAGCAAGCUGCUGGACGACGACAUCCGGGAGGAAACACGUGUGAUAAUGCGACCUAAGAAGCCACCCCGGCCAAAAUCCGAAGUGUUCUUGAACAAGCAUGACCCGCACCCGAGACGAAAACGGUUUAGUGCAUUCGGGGGUGAUUCGCCAUUUGGCAAGUCAGAUGCUUACAUUAAACUAGAGCAACUCGGUGAAGGAUCCUACGCAACGGUAUUUAAGGGUUAUAGCAAUUUAACAAAUCAAGUGGUAGCAUUAAAGGAAAUCAGGUUACAGGAAGAGGAAGGUGCACCGUUCACGGCCAUACGCGAAGCAUCCCUGCUGAAGGAACUGAAACAUUCGAACAUCGUGACCCUGCACGAUAUCGUGCACACGCGCGAAACGCUCACGUUCGUCUUCGAGUUUGUGAACACGGACUUGUCGCAGUACAUGGAACGACAUCCGGGUGGGCUCGAUCAUCGAAACGUGCGACUGUUCCUGUUCCAGCUGUUGCGAGGGCUUUCCUAUUGCCAUAAGCGGAGGGUGCUGCAUCGCGAUGUGAAGCCUCAAAAUCUGCUCAUCAGCGAGAUGGGUGAGCUGAAGCUGGCCGACUUUGGGCUGGCCCGUGCUAAGAGUGUUCCAAGUCAUACCUAUUCGCACGAAGUCGUCACCCUAUGGUACCGGCCUCCAGAUGUACUGCUCGGAAGCACUGAGUACUCCACCUCGCUCGAUAUCUGGGGUGUGGGAUGCAUCUUUGUGGAGAUGAUUACCGGCAUGCCGACAUUCCCCGGCAUUCGCGAUACCUACGAUCAGUUGGAUAAGAUCUUCAAAAUUCUCGGCACACCGACGGAGGAUACGUGGCCAGGGGUAACGCAUUUACCGGGGUAUAAGCUACAAAUGCUAGGCUUUUUCAAACCCCGCAAAUUGGGACUGAGCUUUCCCCGGUUGUACGACAUCAACGAGGGCGAAACGAUGGCAACCUCGUUCCUGCAGCUCAAUCCGGAUAACCGGAUAAGUGCGGACGAGGCCCUCCGCCAUCGGUAUUUCGCAUCGUUGCCAAAAAAGCUAUACGAACUGCCGGAUGAACUAUCCAUCUUCACCGUGGAAGGUAUUUACUUACAUCCGGAACCGAACCGCCACCAUGGGCACCGAGCAUGAGAGUUAAGACAAAGUAAAACCCUAGAUGCAAUACGUUAUUAUUGUUAGUAGUUAAUGUGAUUACCUGCGUCGCUGGUUAGCAGAAGACGCAGUGGAAGAAGAUAAAUUACACAACAA